UGUGAAAUUUAGUUAUUUAUUUAUUUAUUUUUAAUCUUUCUGUGUUAACCGCACUACAUAGAUAUGUAUAAUUAAUAUAUAUAAUAAUUUAAUUCAACAUAAAAACCAGCCACAUUCUCUUUAUUAUCUCCUCCCGAAAGAACCCCACUAACCCAAAUUCAAAACGCACCCCCUCCAAAAAUUUAUUAGAGAAAAAGGAGCAUAGAAAGAUUAAGCGGAAAAAAAGACAAGAACCCACGACAAAAAGUCGGUUUCUUGUUGAUAAUCUCUGGUUUUCUUUGAGGAGGGAGGGGGAGAUCGUUUUGAAGAUUGGAUUUCAGGUUUUUGUUUUGUUUCUGUUCUUUUUUAGGGGGAGGGCCUGGUUUUUGAAUGGCGCAACAAGGGCAGGGAGGUAUGGACCCUGCCGUUUUGGAUGAUAUUAUAUGUCGUUUAUUGGAGUACAGGAACGCGAGGCCAGGAAAGCAAGUGCAGCUCAACGAAAACGAGAUCCGUCAACUUUGUACUGUUUCAAAGGAAAUCUUUCUUCAACAGCCCAACCUUCUCGAACUCGAAGCACCCAUUAAGAUCUGCGGUGACAUUCAUGGGCAAUAUUCUGAUCUAUUGAGGCUCUUUGAGUAUGGUGGCUUCCCUCCUAAUGCAAACUAUUUGUUCUUGGGGGACUAUGUGGAUCGUGGCAAGCAGAGUUUGGAAACUAUUUGCCUUCUGCUUGCCUAUAAAAUAAAAUAUCCUGAGAACUUUUUCCUCUUAAGAGGAAAUCAUGAAUGUGCCUCCAUUAAUCGUAUUUAUGGAUUUUAUGAUGAAUGUAAAAGACGGUUCAACGUGAGACUCUGGAAAACCUUUACAGAUUGUUUUAAUUGUCUUCCUGUGGCCGCGCUAAUAGAUGACAAAAUUUUGUGUAUGCACGGUGGCCUUUCCCCUGACCUAGCACACUUGGAUCAGAUUAGGAACCUAACACGUCCAACUGAUGUUCCAGAUUCAGUGUUGCUUUGUGACUUACUUUGGUCAGAUCCUAGCAGAGAGUUCAAAGGCUGGCAAAUGAACGAUCGUGGAGUCUCUUUUACAUUUGGGCCAGAUAAGGUGUCAGAGUUUUUAAUGAAGAAUGAUAUGGACCUUAUUUGUCGUGCCCAUCAGGUUGUUGAGGAUGGAUAUGAAUUCUUUGCUGACAGACAGCUUGUUACCAUAUUUUCUGCACCCAACUACUGUGGUGAAUUUGACAAUGCUGGGGCAAUGAUGAGUGUUGAUGAAAGCUUAAUGUGCUCUUUUCAAAUUCUUAAGCCUGCAGAUAAAAAGUCUAGAUUCUUCUGAACAAGAAACCUGAUUGUUGUGCUCCUUUCUGCAUUGAAUUUCUGAUGGAAAAGAUACAUGAAGGGGAAAAGUGGUUCUGUAAGUUCCAUCAUGAUCAAGCAGUUGCAAAUCACAAAGUUAUUGCAUUCGGCGCUUUGAUUCCUUAAGAGUUAUUUGCUGAAGAUAGUGGGUUUUGGAGGAGGGUUUUUUUUUCUCAAACUUCCAAGUUUGGAGCUAACUCCUUCUAGGAUAGCAGCAAAGGCUGGAAUUUAUAUUCUUUCUUUGAAUUGAAGUUUUUGGUUUUUUCUAUCUUUUUCUCCCGGAAACUAUGAUGUGGCCCAUGUAUAUACUCUGUUUUUCUUUUGUGUAAAAUAUUGCACUACGGAUUUAUGAAGGAUUUCUGUUAAUCAUAAGCAA